GGUAUGCGAGACUUGAUACAGUGUAGCUGUAAAUCAGACGGACCUACACUAACAGCGUUGAAAUUUGCUACCCUGUUGCGAGUAUUUCUGGCCAGCGAUAUAGGAGCAAGCGACAUCGUCCGCAGCCCUCCCGUUUUGGGGAAAGAGUCGAAGUUGUCAAGCGAGGACUUUACACCUCAAACCUAAAAAGAGCCCCGAACAUAUCGGACUGGAAAUGUCUGAAAACAAGCCGAGCGACGAGCCGAAGUUGUCUACGACGGACAGAGUUAUUAAAUCUGUCCCGUUCCCCCCCAGCCACAGGCUGACCGUAAAGGAGGUGUUUGACAGCGAUGGCAAGCCCAAGGUGGACGUGCUGAAGGGCCACCUGACCAAGGAGGGCCGCGUGGAGGAGAGCGUCGCCUUGCGGCUCAUCAGCGAAGGCGCCGCCAUCCUCCGCUCUGAGAAGAACCUCCUGGACAUCGAGGCUCCCGUCACAGUUUGUGGGGACAUCCAUGGGCAGUUCUUCGAUUUGAUGAAGCUGUUUGAGGUGGGAGGGUCGCCAGCCAACACGCGCUACCUUUUCCUGGGCGAUUAUGUGGACAGAGGAUAUUUCAGUAUUGAGUGUGUGCUGUACUUAUGGGCCUUAAAAAUCCUUUACCCCAAAACACUGUUCUUGCUGCGUGGGAACCACGAAUGUAGACAUUUAACAGAAUAUUUCACCUUUAAACAGGAAUGUCGGAUUAAGUACUCAGAGCGGGUGUACGACGCGUGCAUGGAUGCCUUCGACUGCCUGCCCCUGGCCGCGCUCAUGAACCAGCAGUUCCUGUGCGUGCACGGAGGACUCUCCCCGGAAAUCACAAACCUCGACGACAUUAGGAAAUUAGACAGAUUCAAGGAGCCCCCAGCCUACGGACCGAUGUGCGAUCUGCUGUGGUCAGACCCGUUGGAGGACUUUGGCAACGAGAAGAGCCAGGAACACUUCACGCACAACACGGUGCGGGGCUGCUCCUACUUCUACAGUUAUCCUGCCGUGUGCGACUUCCUACAACACAACAACUUAUUAUCUGUCAUCCGGGCCCACGAAGCACAGGACGCUGGGUAUCGGAUGUACAGGAAGAGCCAGACUACAGGCUUCCCCUCCCUCAUCACUAUCUUCUCAGCCCCUAACUACUUAGAUGUCUACAAUAAUAAAGCUGCUGUGCUGAAAUACGAGAAUAACGUCAUGAACAUUCGGCAGUUCAACUGCUCCCCCCAUCCUUACUGGCUUCCUAACUUCAUGGAUGUUUUUACCUGGUCACUGCCAUUUGUUGGAGAGAAAGUCACUGAGAUGCUGGUAAAUGUAUUGAGCAUCUGCUCCAAUGAUGAAUUGACCACCGACGAGGAGAUUGAUGGACAGCUAAUUUAUGCCCCCAAGAAAGGUGCCACGGCUUCCGCCCGCAAAGAGGUGAUUCGGAAUAAGAUCCGCGCCAUCGGGAAGAUGGCCAGAGUGUUCUCAGUCCUACGAGAGGAGAGUGAGAGUGUGCUUACUCUGAAGGGGCUCACCCCCACCGGUAUGCUGCCAAGCGGCGUGCUCUCAGGCGGCAGAGAGAAACUCCAGAACGCUACUAUUGAGGCUAUAGAGGCCGAUGAAGCCAUCAAAGGCUUCUCGCCCCAGCAUAAGAUCACUAGCUUUGAGGAGGCGAAGGGCCUGGACCGCAUCAACGAACGGAUGCCGCCCCGUCGCGACACCCUGCAGUGCGACGCCAGCCUCAACUCGCUCAACAAGGCACUGUGCUCCGAGGCCAACGGCACCGAGGGAAAGGCCGGCAGCGGCAACAUCCAGUGACGCAGCGGCGCCACCCGCCCCGCCCGUGCCACCGCGGCAACGAGACUCCUCCCCCUCUCUUUCUCCACGCUCCGAAUGCCAGACAAAGGAGUGCAGCAAUCGGGGCCCUGCGCGACAGAAGGGAAGAGGGUGAGGAGAGAAGGGGGUGUGAAGGGGAGAGCAGAGUUUUCAAAUACGAUUCAGAGCGACACUCUUGUCUUUGGAUAUGCCUUUAAAAAAAAAAAGGAAAAAAAAAAAGAAUUAUUUUGCU